AUCACUACGCACUUUGCUCCAUCCCGCCAUAGGGUGAACCAGCACUUUUAGCAAGUGCAAAUCUUUAAUAGCAAAGCUUACAUUUCAAUUUAAACUAACAAGGUCCACCCUCAGCCAGCUCAGUGUACAGUUCAGUGACUCCUAUGCAGCAACAACACCGGUUGGGGCAGCCAAAGCCCAGAGAAAAAAAGACAAGCAGUGGUGGCAGGAUGAUCCAAAGGGGUUUCAAUUCUUCAUCAAUAUAUGUUGCAAUAUAUUUGAUAUACGAGAAAACACUCUUCUGAAUUUCUAGAGUAUUUAAACUUCUGCAAAUCUUUCAACAUUAACAAGAAGAUAACGAUAGGGAAUCGCAUAGAUCCCCCCUUAGGACCACGUCUGUGGAGGCCUCGCUCUUAUGUUGCGGGCUGCAAAAUUGUUUUCUGCAGCCACCGAUGCUCAGUGCAAUCAAGCAAUUCGACCGGAGGAGUUGGGAAGUCUUGGAGGGAAAUAAAAUUCAGAGAGAGAUCGAGAGUUAUAGCGAUCAUGUCUGUGAAUGCGGAUCUGCAGAAAGAGCGGGCGGCUGCCACUUUGGACAGCGAGGACUUUGCCCGCUGGUGGGCGGGUGGUUCUUCCCAGUUAGAGGAGCGUCGUGCCCUGGAUCGCCGUUUCUACGACGAUCCUGACUUCGUGGAGCCUGUACAUCCGAGCUGUUUGUCCUACAAGGAGCGCUACGAACAGACCAUAGCCCGAUCCACUCGCUUUUUGGCCAAACUUCGCCAAUGGCAGCGGGAAAAGCAGCCCCAACUCGAUCUCAGUGUAAACAUGCUAAGGGAUUUCCGACUGCUCCUUUCCGGAUCCCUGGGCACUGGCCUUUUCCAGCAGAGUUUUCCCCUCCGCGUGCACUUCUCCAUGUUCAUGACCACCUUGUUGAGUCAGGGAACCGAGGAGCAGCAGGCCCAGUGGCUUAAUCGAUCCUGGCACAUGGACGGUGUCCUGGGAACCUAUGCUCAAACAGAACUGGGCCACGGCACCUUUGUUCGUGGUCUGGAAACCCGAGCGGACUACGAUCCGGAGAGACAGGAGUUCGUCCUGAAUACACCCACCCAAAGUUCUUAUAAAUGGUGGCCCGGGGGAUUGGGUAACACCGCUAAUGUGGCCAUUGUUUUGGCACAGCUUUAUGUGAAAGGAAAGCACUAUGGCCUGCAAUCAUUUUUGGUGAGGAUUCGGGAUGAGAGCACCCAUGAGCCGUUGACUGGCGUCGAUGUGGGUGAUAUAGGACCUCGUCUGGGUGGAAAUGGCGUAAAUAAUGGUUUCCUGGGGCUCCACGAUGUGCGCAUACCCCGCACUCAAAUGCUGAUGAAGAACGCCCAGGUUUUGGCUGACGGAACCUUCGUCCAGGGAAGGCCGCCAUUACUCCUCUACGGAACGAUGGUCUAUGUGCGGGUCAUUACCCUUAAGGAUGUGCUCUUUGGAUUGCUGCAGGCAGCCACCAUCGCCACCAGGUAUUCCGUGGUGCGUCGCCAGAGCAGGAUUGAUGGAGAUCAGCCGGAGGUUUCGAUUUUAGAUCAUGUCACACAGCAGGCAAAGAUCCUGCCGCAGAUCGCCCGCGGUGUAUCCUAUCGCUUGGUGUCCGAAUGGCUGUGGCGCUUCUAUGAGCAGGUGCUGCGGCAGCUAGAGGAUGAGGGUAGGGGAGGCGUAAAUUCGCUGCCGGAGUUGCAUGCACUGAGUUGCUGUCUGAAGGCAGUGGCCACCGAUGAAGCCAGUCAGGGAGUGGAUAUAUUGCGAAAGAGUUGCGGUGGCCACGGAUUCCUUUCCUCGGCCAACUUCGAUAGCAUCUAUGGUCUGACCGCUGCCGCCUACACCUACGAAGGGGAAUAUACGGUGCUAUUGUUGCAGACAGCUCGCUUCCUGAUCCGCCAGUAUGUGGAAAGCUUGAAACGGAAGGUGCUGCCCUACAGUGUCUCAUAUUUGAGAGAUACAUCUCGUCUUGUUUGGGGCAAGAAUCUGACUGCGAAUUGUGUGAGAGCCCUGGAAAUUUCCGCCAUGGAACAGGUGCGUCAUGCCUGGCAAACCCAAAAAACUCAUCAAUCCAAGGCGAGUGCCGAGAUGGCCAGCAAUCUGUCAGGAAGGCAGCUAUCAUCAUGUGCCGUUGCCCACGCCCAUGCUUUCUUCACGCGGAAUGCUCUGGAUGAAUUGGAGAGCCUACGAAAACAGGGUGCCCUUAGCCCGGACGUAUCCCUUAUAUUAGGCCAACUAGUGGAACUCUUCGUCUUCGAUACAUUCCUGCGACAGUCGGGCUGUGUGCUCCGGUGGAAUAAUGGUAUCAAUGGCACCCAGCUGCGCUUCGUGGAGCGUCGCUAUGAGGAGUUGCUAGCCAAGCUCCGUCCCAAUGCGGUGGCUCUGGUAGAUGGCUUCGACUUUCACGAUCGUGUUUUGGGUUCCACGCUGGGCUGUUAUGAUGGUCGGGUCUACGAACGACUUAUGGAAGAGGCACGCCGAAAUCCGGUUAACCAAGAGCCAGUCAAUUCGUCUUUCCACAAACACCUGUUGCCCAUGAUGCGGGGAAAGCUGUGAUAAGGGGGUUGGCUUGUCCUCUUUCUUUAACAUUUUUUUUUUCAUAUCUCUUACGUUAUCCACUGGGGUUUACUUCGAAUUGGUUUACUGAAGAUUGUCCUCUGCUGAUUUGAAAUCAUAAUUCUUAUUAUGAAUAAAAUAUUAAUGGUUUUUGUA